CUUAGAAUAAUAAUAUUAAAAAUGCCAGCUACUAGAGGACCAAAGAAAUUUAUGUGUACUGCUCAAGGAUGCAACAAAGAGUAUAGUACAAAGUUUGCCCUGCAACGUCAUCUCUACACACACUCAGGCAUCAAAGCCUUUAAGUGUAACUACUGCCCGAAGAGCUUCUCUCUUCAGCAGUAUCUUCAAGAGCAUGAGUUCACCCAUACAAAGGCCAAACCUUUCGUAUGAGGAAUCGACGGUUGCACUGAAUCUUUCAGACAAAGAGGCAAGCUUUGACUACACCGAAGGACACAUCCAAGCUACAAGAAGAAGGAGUACAAGGUCUACGCUAGAAAGAACAAAGCUGGGAAAUGUCAACCUCAACCAAAAGACAUUUUGCCAGAAUAUCUGAAGCAAGUUGAAGAAGUGAAGGAGCAUCAGCAUCUACUGAAGGAUCUAAAAAAUUCCCGUACAUUACCGAUCCUAUCAACAGACAGCUUGAACUCCAUCGACCUGAGCAACUAUUGACUUUGUAACUUGUCAAUGCUUACCAUGCAAGUUCCAAAGAUUAUAUUACCUUCCCCAUCUCCACUGCUGAAAGAGUCAGAAGUUUUCAUGAAGCCAGAAAGGAUUAAUGAAAGAACUUCAGAGAGCACUCUUAUUGAAGUAGUUGGGGUGAGCCCCCUGGGCACUGGAUCUCAUGCAGCCUAUUCAUUUACGGCCAUGGGCAUCUAA